AUGAUGGAAGUGGUGGCAAAAGUGCCAAGUGGCACUGGUGGCAGUGGUGGUAGUGGUGGAGAAUCAGAGGAUGAAGGCUGGGGUGGGAUCAUAGAUGAAACCGCGCAAGUCAUAUUAGCAACACUUGGCAUAAUAUUUGUGUAUAUUUAUAUACUUCAUGGUGAGGAGUUGACUCUAUUAGCAAGAGACUACCUGAAGUAUCUAUUUGGAAAAGGUUACAAGAGUGUUCGUUUAACAAAUGCAAUGGAAUGGUGGGAAGAUUUCCUCGAGCUUUUCAAAGAAGAGGAAUCUAUCGAUGAUGAGAAUUGGUUGGAGAAGGUAAUCAUUAAUACCCCAACAUGUUAUGACAGUCCAGAGAAAUACAGACGUUUGCUUGAAGCUUACAUGGAAUCACAACAAGAAGAAGAAGAAGAAGAUGAUGAUAAUGAUGAUGGUGAUAAUAAUGAUGAUUUAUAAUCCCAUAUUUUGCUGCAAUCAUCUUUCCCUUAUUUUUCUUCCUGCACAUCUUACAAACUUGUGUGUGCAACUUUUAAGGUGAAACUAGCAUUAAUACUCUUUUGUUUCCCAAGAUGAUGAAGAUCUUUUUUGUUGUUGAAUAGCAAUUGAAACUUGAUUCUACUUAAGGUUAUUCAAGUUUCAAGACUUAAAGUUUAAGUUGCCAAUAGACUUCGGAAAUUUUUCUUUCUUUCAA